GCUUCUAGCAUCACCUUGCGCAGGGAGAUGUUGGAUAUUGUACGUGCAAAGCUUCAUGGUCCAACUUCGGUCGAUGACAUAUCGUGGCCUUCCAUCGCCCCGGCUACACCAAGAAGCAUUCCACUCCGCGACGAUGCCGGGUGUACUUUGACUCGCCAGUAUUGGGUCAAAGUGCAGCAGAAUCACAUGUUGGAUGCUGACCAUCCAGGAAUAUAUCGCCCUAUCAAGAAUCUUCCCACGGAAUGGCGGGUUGCGUCAUUGCACCUGUCACAAGACCGAGAUAGCCUCUUUCUUGUUCAGCAUCACAACGCCACGGACCCAUUGGUACUAAAGCUCCCUAUGAAUCGUCAAAACCGAAGGGAGGGGGAAGAAGACUUGUUUACAUUAUCCACGGCUCUUCAAGAACUUCAGAACAUUGUUAGCUGUAGCAAUGCUGCCACUCAACGGGCUAGACAUGUAUCUGGACAUGAUGAAAAGGUGACCUGGUGGACGGAACGUAAAGAACUUGACGGUAGAAUGCGUAGACUGGUAGAAAACAUCGAAAAUCAUUGGUUAGGGGGCUGCAAGGGUUUUUUACGUUGCUCAAACUCAAUCCCUGAUCGCGAUGCACUGGGUGCCGCGUUAGAAAAGGUAUUUCGAGAACAUUUGAUUUGUUCCCAAGAUCGGACUACAUUUUCGGGCACACUCGACGAUCAUGUCAUCAAUGCCUUCACCUCACUCCCUAUUAGCUGUCGAGAUGAAGACCUCGAAGAUCUGGUUCAAUUUGCCGUUGACUGUUAUCAAAUCAACGAAGCGCCAGUAAUUGGUGACGAGGUUGACGCUGACCAGGUUGUUUGUCAGCUACGAGAAAUACAAAAAGAAAUGUUAAAGCCCCACUCAAAGGAGGCGAGCUCAAAACAACACUUAUUUUUGAUUCUAGACAAAAACCUACAAGGCUUCCCUUGGGAAGUUCUUCCGCAUCUCAGAGGACAUUCAAUUAGUCGGAUACCUUCCCUGAGCUUUUUAAGGGAUCGAUUGCUCGCAUUGGGGGAAUUGACCUCACCAUCAAAUAUGACAGUUGAUGCGACACGCACUGCAUAUAUCUUGAACCCCAGUGGCGAUUUGAUCAGUACUCAGACUAUGUUUGAAACAUGGCUCGGAGGCCAUCAAGGCUGGAAUGGAAUUAAGAAUCGAUCACCAUCAACGGAAGAAGUCAAACAGGGCCUGGCAACGUCCAACUUGAUGCUCUAUUUUGGACAUGGGGGUGCAGAACAAUACAUUCGAUCAAUUAACAUCAAGCAGUUGCCUAGAUGUGCUGUUACCAUGUUGUGGGGUUGUUCCUCCGGCAUGCUUCAGGAUCAAGGGGACUUUGAUCCAUCUGGAACGCCUUACGCCUAUAUGAUUGCUGGGUGCCCUUCUCUGGUCGCAAAUCUUUGGGAUGUGACCGAUAAAGACAUCGAUCGAUUGGCGAUGGACCUAUUCAAAAAGACUGGACUUCAUCCUCCCGACGAUCCUAGUCGCGAACCCGUCAAUAUCAGUCAAGCUCUUGCUGAAUCAAGAUCUGUUUGUCAGUUGCGCUAUUUGAACGGUGCCGCUCCAGUGGUCUAUGGGAUGCCAGUCCAAUUUACAUCAAGCCCAUGA